CAACGAUCAAAUAUCAAAAACCUUGAAGCAAAACUGCAAAAAAAAAGUCACAAAAAGUAUUUUUCUUUCUUUUUCUAAUCGGCAAAAAAUUAAUCUGGGUAUUCCUGGGUUUGAUCUUCAUCUCCAUGAUUCUUUUAUUUAUUUGUUCUUCUUAGAAAAUGAUUUUCUUUUUCUCCAAGCUAUUCAACGGCAAAGCACAACUAGCAGAGUGGGAGAGAGAGAGGUAGAAAAAACGUUUAUACACACGUGUACACACAUAUCUCACAAGAUUUAUCACCACACAAUCAGAUUCGGACCAAAAGUUUACAAAGAGACGUCAGCGAGUUUCAUGGCGAUCACCACGGAGACAGAGUCUGCGACAUGCGAAUGUUGCCGUAUGACUGAAGAAUACACGGCGGCGUAUAUAGAGAGCGUACGUGAUCUCUACGCCGGGAAGCUGAUCUGCGGGCUCUGUUCCGAGGCGGUGAGUUACGAGAUGUUCCGGAGACAGAUCGGCGUCGAUGAGGCGUUAGCGGUUCACACGACGGUUUGCGGUGAGUUUUUUUCUUCUCCGUCUCCGGCUGUCGAUUUCAUAUCGGCGAUCGGAGAGAUGUUUAGGAGAAGAUUGGUUCUUGGUUUGCCGAGGGUCUUGACGUCAGCAUCGCAGUCGCCGAGGAGUGUUCCGGCUGCUGACGGUGGAGUGAUUUGUGCUGCGGCGGUGAUUGGUGGGGCUGGGAGUUGCUUGCCUGCUCUGUCCGGUGGAGCGUAGAUUCGCAUAUUCGGGGAGGAAUCAAGCUGAGUAGGAAGCGUGUGUGUGAAGGAAUAAAAUGUAUUAUAAAAAGUUAGAGAAAAGAGGUUUAAAAGGAAAAAAAAAAUCGGGAAAUAAAAAAAAGAUGUAAAUAAAAUUGAAAAUUUAGGAUAUCGUUUUGUUUGUAUAAUAUACUGUAACUAUUUAUGUGACAAUGUCAAAUGUUGAUAUGGGUGCUUAGCUAAUGGAAGUUUUGGUGUGGUAAUAAAUCUGGUUGGUGUUGGAUAUUUUUCUUUUGUACGAAAUGAUUUUAAACAAAUUUAUGUUGAGUUUU